AUGUGGUUGGGAACUCUGCCAAAGCUGCAAGUUCUAAGCUUGAGAUCCAAUAAAUUGCAUGGACCUAUCAGAACUCUAACGAUUAAAAACAUAUUUCCUCUGCUUCGAAUGUUAGAUCUGUCUUCCAAUGCCUUCACACAAAACAUCCCAGUGUGGCUCUUGAAAGCCAUGAGGACAAUUGAUCAUAUAAUGGAGGCACCAAUUGAUGAAGGAGAUGAAUAUUACGAAGACUCGGUAGCUAUCGUAACAAAGGGAUUGGAGCUUCAAGUUGUGAGAAUCUUGUUUUUGUACACCACUAUCGAUCUUUCAAAUAACAAAUUUGAAGGACAUAUUCCUAGUGUUCUGGGAGAUCUCAUUGCUCUUCGGGUGCUGAAUUUGUCCCAUAAUGGAUUGCAAGGUCAUAUACCAUCAUUGCUUGGAAAUUUAUCUGUAGUUGAAUCCUUGGACCUUUCUUGUAACCAUCUUUCGGGAGAGAUACCACAACAACUUGCUUCUCUCACAUAUCUCGAAUUCUUAAAUCUCUCCCACAAUCAUCUCGAAGGGUGUAUUCCUCAAUGGAAUCAAUUGUAUAUCUUUGAGAACAAUUCAUAUGAAGGUAAUGAUGGAUUACGUGGAUUCCCAGUUUCGAAAGGUUGUGGCAAUGAUCAUGUAUCAGAGAAAAAUUAUAAUGUAUCUGCACUAGACGAUCAAGAAAGCAAUUCUGAAUUUCUAAAUGAUUUUUGGAAAGCUACUCUUAUGGGCUAUGGAAGUGGACUAUGUAUUGGGUUAUCCAUAAUAUAUUUCAUGGUUUCAACUGGAAAUACGAAAUGA